GAUGCUGCGACCACACAUCUCAUCGAUUUUUUGCUACGGCUUCGGCACUCCUGCCUGCGUGGACGAAGCGCUUCUGCCCAGCCUUCUCACCUGCAUGGUCUCCGUCGUUAACCGCGAUGACAUCGUUCCUCGCCUCAGUGUCCGCUCCGUUCAGGAGCUGGUUGACAGCGUCCUCUGUCCCGGCCAGGUGGCAAAGACCAAGGCCUGGAUGAAGGAGGACUGGCAAGCAGUCAAGGACCUGGAGCGCGUGGUGGAGCUCCGGCGCCGUGGAGGGCCCUCUGCGGCAGACUCGGGAGAGGUGGCAGCAGGCUCCAGCGGCGAUGCUGGACCAGUUCAGGACGACGACCAGAAGCUGAUGAUGCUCAUGGAGGCCGGUGUCGAGCGCGCUCGGGCGCAGCGCGCGCUGCGAGCCGAGGGUGGCGACUUAAACGGCGCCAUGCUCAGGGCCACGGCCGAGGAGGUGGCGGAUGAGCCUGGUCCAGAAGACAUGGAGCAGCCUUCGGCGCCCCCGGCACCACCGGCGCCUUCCGCUCUGGAUCGCUUAGGAGGCCUCUGGCAGGACAUUUCGCACAAGAUCUCCUUUCCGGCUGCUGCAGGGAUUCAGCUCGGUGGCUUUGCAGAGCUUUCCGAGUAG